ACCUAACAUAUAGCAAAACACAUCCAUCACUCAACAAUUCACACAACAAUGUCUAUUUUUCUUAACCCCAAUACCUCAUUUCUCACUUUAUUGUUCUUUUCAUUUUCCACCUUAAUUGCACAUGCAAUUGUUCCACAAAAUGAAACCUUUAAAUUUGUAAAUUCAGGUGACCUUGGAGACUUCAUUGUAGAAUAUGGAGGUGAUUACAGAAUGAUAAGCAUAUUCAAUGCUCCAUUCCAAGUUGGUUUCUACAACACUACUCCAAAUGCCUUCACUCUAGCACUUCGAAUCGGACUUCAACGAUCGGAGCAGCUUUUCCGGUGGGUAUGGGAAGCAAAUAGAGGCAACCCAGUUGGUGAAAAUGGUACUUUUUCAUUAGGUGCUGAUGGAAAUCUUGUGUUGGCUAAUGCUGAUGGAAGAAUUGUUUGGCAAACAAACACUUCCAAUAAAGGUGUUGUUGCAUUUAGGUUACUCUCAAAUGGUAACAUGGUUUUAAUUGAUGCCAAAGAUAAAUUUGUUUGGCAAAGUUUUGACCAUCCAACAGAUACCCUUUUGGUAGAUCAAUAUUUAAAACCUAAUGGACCUUCAAAGCUUGUUAGUAGACUUUCAGAAAAAGAAAAUGUUGAUGGCCCUUAUAGUUUGGUUUUGGAACCUAAAGGUUUGGCUUUAUAUUAUAGGAGUACAAAUUCUCCUAGGCCAAGUAAAUAUUGGUUUUCUUCUUCUUGGUUUUCAUUUGAAAAAGGCUCAUUAGAAAAUGUCACACUUAAAUCUGAUCCAGAAUCUUUUGAGUUUGGAUUUGAUUUUCAUGUUACCAAUUCUACCACUUCUGGCAAUAGUAUCAUUGGUAGGCCAGUGAAUAAUAGUACCUUAACAUAUCUUAGGCUUGGAAUUGAUGGUAACAUUCAAUUUCACACUUACUUUCUAGAUGUACGCAGUGGUGUUUGGAAAGUGACAUUCACUCUCUUUGAUGAAGAUGAAGAUCUAGAUGAGAGUGAGUGUCAAUUGCCAGAGAGAUGUGGGGAAUUUGGGCUUUGUGAGGAUAAUCAAUGUUUUGGUUGUCCAUUGGAGAAUGGAAUAUUUGGUUGGAGUAAUAAGUGUAGCCCUAAGCCUUUAGGAGGAGUAUGCAAAGCAAGUGAAUUUCAUUACUACAAAAUUGAAGGAGUUGAGCAUUACAUGAACAAAUACACUAGUGGUGAUAUAGUAAGUGAAGAUGCAUGUGGAAACAAAUGUACCAAUGAUUGUAAGUGUGUUGGGUAUUUCUACCAUAAGGAUGAAUCAAGGUGUUGGAUAGCUUAUGAUCUUCAAACUCUUACUAGAGUUCAAAAUACCACACAUGUGGGUUAUAUUAAGGUGCCUAAUAAGUAAUAAGAUAAGCUUAGAUUUUUCCAUGGGAAGGUCUUGGUAUUUUUUUUUUUUUUUUUGGUAUUGUAUUUUAAUUGUAUCAAUUUAAUUUUGUUAUUUCCUACUAGUUGUUUUAGAAUGCAAUAAAGUUGUGGUUUAUCUCUUUGUUCUCCACGUGGAGAAGGACUUGUAAUAUGGGUACUAUAAAUUAAGAAGUGUGUUAUGAAAGUGUUAUUGUAAUUGUCUUAAUAUAAUUCAUAUUCUUCUCUCAUUCCAUUUAAAAUUA